AUGAGUGAUAAAUGGGUUUUGGUUAUCCUGUUCUUCUCAGCAUGUGGUACAGAAGAAUAUAUUCCUCAUCGCUAUCACUUUGUGAAUGAGAAUAAAACCUGGAGUGAAGCUCAGACUUACUGCAGACAGAAAUACACUGAUCUCGCCUCCAUCAACAACAUGGAAGAGAUGAUGAAGCUGAAUAACACACUGAAGAUGGAAACUGUAAACCAAGCUUGGAUCGGUCUACAGAGAGGAGACACUGGGAGAUGGCAGUGGUCUCUGGCAGACCAAACUUUCUACAGAGAUGGAGACACUUACAGACACUGGAGUAGUGGUCAACCAGACAACCAAGGGGGCAUUGAGUACUGUGUUGAGAUGAAGAAGGACGGGAAAUGGAAUGAUGAUAAUUGUGAUACCACCCGACAUUUCGUAUGUUAUGAAGGCUGUAAUGGUUACAAAUUAAUUAAGGAGCAAAAGACCUGGCGUGAUGCUCAAACCUACUGCAGAAAGAACUACAUCGACCUGGUCAGUGUAAGGAACCAAACUGAGCACGAGGAGAUCAAGAAUGUGAGAGAGAAUUCCUCUAAUGAUUAUGUUUGGAUUGGUCUGUUUAAUGACUCCUGGAAGUGGUCAGAUCAGAGUAAUUCCUCAUUCAGAUACUGGAGCUUUAACAAACCCAGUAAAGAUUUGAACUGUGCUGCAGUGAACGUGUCUGAUCAACUCUACUGGAGUGAUGUGGACUGUACAGAAAACCUCCCGUUCAUCUGCCACCAUGAGAAUAAAUUUGUAUUGAUUAAUCAGAAUCUGACCUGGAAAGAAGCUCUGAGAUACUGCAGGAACAAUCAUUAUGACCUGGUCUCAGUGCUCACUCAGGAGAUGCAGCUCUGGGUGAAGGAAGUGGCUCGAAACGCCUCCACUGAACACGUGUGGCUCGGCCUGCGUCACACCUGCGCUCUGGGCUUCUGGUACUGGGUGACUGGAGAGACGAUCUGCUUCCAGGACUGGGCUCCCGGGAACGGGAACGGGUUUGAAGACUGCAGGGAUGAGGAGAGAACCGGAGCAGUUCAGACUAGAGGAGAGCAGCAGUGGAUCAGCCUGCCUCAGAGCAACAAACUCAACUUCAUCUGCUCCAAAUAUGAAGCGGAUCACGCGCGUCUUUGCGAUGUGGUGGAUCGGCACACCGAGCUAAUUGACAAGCUAACCGGAGAUCUUGCUACUCUGCGCCGGAGCGUCCAAGACGUCGCGGCCUUACGCCGCGAGGUGGCGUGGCGCCACCUCAGCCCCUCCCCCCCUCCUUCUGAUGUUUUUCUCUCGCUUCCAGAUAAAUGGAACGGCAGGGACGGGAAAUGUGGUGUGUUUUUAACAGCGCUAGAUCUGGUGUUUGAGUUCAAUCCCACCAAGUACUCCACCAAUCAGCUACGCAUUGCUCUUUUCGUCUCGUUGCUAACUGGGCAGGCAGCUGAGUGGGCCACGGCGGUACUGCGCUUCGACUCAGAAACAGCGCACUCCUAUAAGGAAUUCUCACGCCAACUACAGCUCACUUUUGAACAUCCUGCCGGCGAGGUGGAGACCGAUACCAAACUUUAUCACUUACAGCAGGGAGGGUCGUCCAUGAGUCGCUACACGGCGGAUUUCCGAACCCUCGCCAUCCAGACCACCUGGGGAGAUGCCGCCCUCCGUACGACCUACUUCGAGGGACUGGCUUCUCGCAUUAAAGACGAACUAGCCGGAUGA